AUGGCUUCUGCAGCGCCCUCGCCCCACAAACCUCGGCGCAAGUCUAAGAAGCCAGCCGCCAGCGUCAUCAAGUCGGAGGCUCUCGUGCGCACCCCGUCGUUCCCGCUUGCAGCUUUCCUGUGGCCAGCUAGAACCUCGUUGUCGCAAUGGGAGGUCCUUCCCCUCAUUCUGAUGGCCGUUGGCCUCUUUCGGUGGGCUGCUGGUCUUUGGGGAUAUUCUGGUUUCCAGAAACCACCCAUGUAUGGCGACUACGAAGCACAAAGGCAUUGGAUGGAAGUCACAACGCAGCUGCCCAUAUCGCAAUGGUAUUUCCAUGAUCUCCAGUGGUGGGGCCUCGAUUACCCUCCUUUGACGGCUUACCACAGCUGGUUACUGGGCAAGAUUGGGGCUCUGAUCGACCCAUCAUGGUUCGCGCUGUACACAUCUCGCGGCUCAGAAGACCCGAUUCUGAAGAUAUUCAUGAGAGCGACCGUCAUCAUCUCCGAAUAUCUGAUCUAUAUACCAGCUCUGGUCAUCUUCGUCCGCCGAUUCAGCAGGAUGUCUGGCGUCGCACAAUGGACAGCUUGGGUGGCACUAGUUGCAAUCCUCAUGCAACCUGCUACUAUACUCAUUGAUCAUGUACACUUCCAAUACAACACGGUCAUGCUUGGUUUCGUGACGGCGAGCAUGUCAAGCAUGGUUGCUGGUCGAUACAUGUGGGCCGCCAUCUUUUUUGUUGCCGCACUAGGCUUCAAACAGAUGGCUCUAUAUUACGCUCCGGCAGUCUUCUCCUUCCUUUUGGGGAGUUGUAUAUUCCCCCGCAUAAAUGCCGGUCGGUUUAUAAUAAUAGCUGGGGUCACCGCCCUAUCUUUUGCGUUACUCAUCCUACCAUUGGUUCUAGGAGCGUUGUACGAUGCCAGUCGAGGAAUUGAUUCGAGACCCGACCUUGAUGGGCUGCGACCUCCUCUGCCAAUAUUCACCCAACUUGAGUCAUAUCUUGACGAAAAAGCGGUAUACUACCCGGUCGUGGAGCUGCUGGUUCAGAUGGUACAUCGAGUCUUUCCCUUCGCGCGUGGACUCUUUGAAGACAAGGUUGCCAAUUUCUGGUGUGCGGCAAAUGUAGUCAUCAAACUCCGCCACUAUCCCACUGCAUUGCUCCAGCGCGCGUCACUCGUGGCAACCCUCGCAUCCAUUGCGCCACCAAACUUCGUUCUAUUCCUGCGGCCCCGGAAGGAGCUUUUGCCGUACGCAUUCGCCGCCACGGCAUGGGGGUUCUUCCUAUUCAGUUACCAAGUACACGAGAAGAGCGCACUCCUUCCUCUCUUGCCAAUGACGCUCCUUCUUGCCGGGAAGCAGGGUCUCGGCAAAGACAUCCGUGCGUGGGUGGGAUUUGCAAACAUGCUUGGAGUGUGGACCAUGUUCCCCUUGCUCCAGCGAGUGGAUCUGCGAGUUCCAUACGCCGUCUUGACUCUUCUUUGGGCCUACCUGCUGGGACUUCCACCUACAUCGACAAGUGCAUACUUCCAGGAAGGGGAGAAUGUGUGGGCUCAGUGGGCUACGGCAGUCAUUCAUGGGGCCUUCUAUCUCGCCAUGGGUGUGUGGCACGUUGCGGAGAUGUUUGUCCCUCCUCCUGUCGACAAACCAGACUUGUGGGUUGUAGCGAACGUUGGUCUCGGUGCUACUGGCUUUGCACUGUGCUAUGUCUGGUGCCUGUGGAAACUUACGGUAGAGAGCGAUAUUCUCCCCAAGCGAUUAUGGCCAGCAAAGAUGGAUGCAAGCAAGAAAACCCAAUGA